UUGGGUUUUCACAUUGAUCUGAGGGACAAACCUGAUACACGCCGCAGUGUUUUGUCAGUAAUAGCCUCUUUAUACGAUCCGCUGGGAUUUCUUGCACCAUUCAUUGUGAAUGGGAAAUGCAUUUUACAAGACCUGUGUCGCAGAAGUGUUGGAUGGGAUGACCCUUUGCCUGAAGACUUACUUGUACGGUGGGAGAAGUGGAAGUUCAGCCUUCAGGAUGUGAAGGGGUUAUUGAUCCAAAGAUGUUAUCAUCCCCAAGGAUUUGGAAAGAUUGUUAAAACAGAACUGCAUCACUUCUCAGAUGCUAGCAGCCAAGCAUAUGGUGCGUGUUCUUACCUCAGAUUUGAAAAUGACAAAGGUAAAAUUCAUUGUGUUUUGCUCAUGGCUAAAGCCAGAGUUGCUCCUUUAAAAAUUACAACCAUUCCUCGUCUUGAACUUUCAGCUGCAGUGGUUGCAGCUAGGUUGAGUGUUCUGUUAAAAGCAGAACUUGAUAUGAAGAUAGACACAGAGUAUUUCUGGACAGAUUCACAAGUGGUGUUGUCAUAUAUUAAUAACGAAGCACGACGGUUUCAUGUAUUCGUGGCAAAUGGGGUCCAAAUAAUUAGAGAAAACACAAAUCCGAAUCAAUGGAAUCAUGUUGGCACCAGUGAAAAUCCAGCAGAUCAUGCAUCAAGAGGGUUAUGUGCCUCUGAGAUUUUAACAACUAGUUGGCUAACAGGUCCUGAAUUCUUGUGGGAAAAAGAGAUGAACAGGGAAUUUAACUCUUACCCUGAACUGUUAGUUGGUGACCCAGAGGUUAAAGCUGUUCAGACAUUUGUAACAACAGCGAAUGACACUACAGACUUUCUGGAAUGUUUCACCAGGUUUUCCUCUUGGUCAACACUGAUUAAAGUGGUUGCCAGAAUUAAAAGACUUGGAUGCCAGAAGAAAUUUUAUUCAAAUGUGGUGAGUGUUAAGGAACGUCAAGAUGCUGUUAAAUCAGUGGUAAAACUUGUACAAGAACAGGCCUUUGGCUCAGAGGUGAAGCUGCUAAAAAGAGGAGAGGUCCUUCCACACUCUAGCCCUCUGUUCCAUUUAAAUCCAUUUGUAGAAGAUGACCUGCUACGGGUUGGUGGACGAUUAAAACAUUCAUCUCUUAGUGAAGAUUUUAGAUAUCCACUGAUUUUGCCAAAAAACAGCCAUAUCACUCAUCUUAUUGUGUCCUACUGUCACAUUCAAGUGGGUCAUCAAGGCAGAGGUCAAACCCAAAUGCAGGUCAGGUUAAAUGGGUUUUGGAUACUUGGCUGCAGCAGGUUGGUGGCUCAGAUGAUUCACAAAUGUGUGCAGUGCAGGAAGCUCAGACGACCAGCGGAAGAACAGCUUAUGGCUGAGCUUCCAAAGGAACGCUUGGAAGCAUCUGCACCAUUUACUUAUUGUGGAAUGGACUGUUUUGGCCCUUUUGUUGUUAAAAGAAAUCGUAAGGAACACAAAAGGUAUGGGUUGGUGUUCACCUGUCUUUAUUCGAGAGCUGUCCACAUUGAAAUGUUGGAUGAUUUGUCCACAGAUUGCUUUAUAAAUGGUCUGCGUUGUUUCAUUAGUUUGAGAGGAGCUGUUCGCCAGAUAUAUUGUGAUCAAGGAAGAAAUUUUGUAGGGGCCCAAAAUGAAUUGAAACAAUAUGAUCCGAAACAUCUGGAGUCUUUUCUGGCAGAGAACCAGUGUGAGUUCGUCUUUAAUGCACCAUCAGCAAGUCAUGCUGGCGGCGUUUGGGAGCGUCAGAUACGCACCAUUCGAAACGUGUUGGCCUCUAUUCUCUCUCAAAGCUUGGGAAAACUUGAUGAUGCUUCAUUAAGAACUUUCUUUUAUGAAGCCAUGGCCAUAAUUAAUAGUCGUCCUUUAACACUAAAAGGAAUAAAUGACCCUGGUUCUCUUGAACCCUUAACUCCUAAUCAUUUGCUUCAAAUGAAGUCUGAGUCUGCCCUGCCUCCUGCAGGAACAUUUGUGAGGGAGGAUAUCUAUUCCUCAAAACGUUGGCGCCGUGUGCAGUUUUUAGUUGAACAGUUUUGGAGUCGGUGGAAGAGAGAAUACCUCCAGAAUAUUUCUAUUAGGCAAAAGUGGCAUGUAAUUCGCCGCAAUCUAAAGGUAAAUGACACUGUCAUUGUAAAAGAGGGUUUUCUCCCAAGAAAUAGGUGGCAGUUGGGUCGUGUUGUGGAAACGAUGGUUGAUAGUGAUGGCUUGGUUCGAAAAGUAAAGUUGAGAACAGGAGAACAAAGAUCAGGAAGAGAUAUUAUCUCUAAGAGUUCAGUGAUAGAGAGACCGGUGCAAAAAUUGGUGGUGUUAUUAGAAAGUGACUCAUAAACUGAAUGUACACAGACAAGCAUGUUUAAACAAUCUGCAUAGUUUUAAGGGGAACUUUUAAAUAAUGCAUGAUUUUGAUGAUAGUUCAUGCAUUAUUGGUGGGAGUGUAAUGGAUGGUGAGCUAUUUAAAAUAAAUUGCCUAAUUAAUAUUUUUGUAGACUAUCAAGUAAAUUAUUGAAAGUGAAUUUUAUGAAAUAAGAAUGUUGCAUAUUGUUUUUGGAUGUUUGUCUGUUUUGAUUAGCAUUGUUGUGGUUUAUGUUUUGUUUAAUGUUGUUUGCAAUUUGUAAUGUUUUUGAGUGCUUUGUGUGUACCUCACGGGCUGCUGUAGAUAAUGAGGGCGGGCUCUAUAAAAGCUGGUACAAUCAUUGUGCCAAUGAAUGGCUUGAACUGUCAAAUGUAUAACCAAGAAAUCAACAUAGUAUUCCCCAGUGAAAGCAGCGAGGUACGUUUUUGUUUGUUUGUAUUUUGUUGUUUGGUAAGUUUGUUUUGUAUUCUAAUAUUUGUAUAUGUUUUAGUUUUCACGGUGACUUUGGUGACUGAGAGACUGUUUACCUUUGGUGACUGUGAUGGAUCUUCAUCAAAGAAAAUAAAACGCCAAAAUCACCCGUCGAGACCGGCUGAAUAAUUAAAGUACUGGGGAGCUGCUACUAUAUAU